AUGACAAUGAGAAUCCCACUCUUCAAACGCCUGGUCAUCGCGGCCUUGAACAUUCUCUUUCCGCCGCUCGUGGUCCUGAUUAUCACGGGCCUGAAUGAAGACUUCAUCUUAAACUGCGUCAUGUUCAUCCUGGCCAUUAUCCCUUCACACAUUCACGGCCUCUACAUCUCCCUCACCUACUUCAAUCGCAAGAGGAAAGUACGCAACGGGGUCUAUCUGGGCAAACCGAAGCAUUUGAUCUUGAGCAAACGGGUGAACAAUGGGGGUGCAACCAGGAGGGAAGUGGAGGGGUUGAGAUACGAGAAGGAGCAGGGGAAGCUCAGCCGCCGGAUCAGCCGAAGGGUUACAGGCUCAUCGGGAUGUGCUGGUUCCACGAGACGGGUUGAGGACUGGGACGAUGGGUACCAGGAAUCUGCCGUGAACCCGUAA